AUGCCCUCUAUCAAAAAACAAGAGAAUUCCAGCACUGGUGGUGGUGGUUGGUUUUCAAGUUGGUUCUUCUCCAAUACAGCCAGUGAGGAUCAGGAUGACAGUCUGCCAUCCACAUCUGCAGCAGCAGGAGAGACAAAUUAUGCCAGAAAUCAGCACACACUUUCUUCACUGCGAUCUCAAAAAUCAUGCAACAAGCCAGCCACUGCACAGAACAGAAACAGUGCAGCUACACUUGUCCGCACGGAUACAGAGUCUUACCUGGAUGCACCAAAAUCAUCUCGAGAUCAAGCAAACGGAGUUUUGCGAAGAAAAGUAACUCGACGACUUCAACUCACCAACAACAAUCUUGUCAUUGAUUGCCCCAUCCCAGAUCGACUACUCGGUGCACUUACCUUUAACGACCAUGAUGAGUUUUCUCAGCUAAGAUACACUGCAGCAACAUGUGAACCCGAUGAAUUUGAAUCCAGAGGCUUCACAUUAAGGCCAAAGAUCUACAACCGAGAAACAGAGCUAUUCAUCGUCAUGACAAUGUACAACGAAGACGAGAUCCUGUUUACUCGUACCAUGCAUGGUGUGAUGAAGAACAUUGCUCAUUUGUGUAGCCUAAAGAAGAGCAGCAUGUGGGGUCCAGAAGGCUGGAAGAAAGUCGUUGUUUGUAUUGUCGCUGAUGGUAGACAGGUGGUGAACAAAAAAGUCCUGGAUGUACUGGCCUCCAUGGGUGUCUAUCAAGCCGGCAUUGCAAAGAAUGUAGUAGAUGACAAGCCUGUCAAGGCACACAUCUAUGAAUAUACCACGCAAAUCUCUAUUGAUUCCGACAUGAACAUCAAAGGAUCUGACAAGGGCAUUGUGCCAGUGCAAAUUAUGUUUUGUCUGAAAGAAAAGAACGCAAAAAAGAUCAACUCGCAUCGAUGGUUCUUUAAUGCGUUUGGUCCAGUCAUCAAGCCCAAUGUCUGCAUAUUGCUGGAUGUAGGCACACGCCCUGGCAAUAGCAGCAUUUAUCAGCUAUGGAAAGUGUUUCAUCGCAAUCCGUUGGUCGGCGGCGCCUGUGGUGAAAUCCGCGCCAUGCUGGGCACUGCCUGCUGCCAACUGCUCAACCCUCUCGUAGCAGCACAGAAUUUCGAAUACAAAAUGUCCAACAUUCUCGAUAAACCAUUGGAAAGUGUGUUUGGCUAUAUCAGUGUCUUACCGGGUGCCUUUUCAGCGUAUCGAUAUGCAGCACUGAAAAACGAUGUCAAUGGUCAUGGUCCUCUGGAAAAAUACUUUAUCGGCGAGGAUUUACAUAGCAACUUGCAAGGAAGCAGCCAAAGCAUCAAAAACACCGGCUUGUUUGAAGCCAACAUGUAUUUAGCUGAAGACAGAAUCCUUUGUUUCGAACUGGUGGCAAAAAAGGACGAGCGUUGGCUUUUGCAAUAUGUGGACAGCGCAUUUGGCGAGACAGACGUUCCUAGCCAGCUACCUGAAUUCAUCUCCCAAAGAAGACGAUGGCUGAACGGCUCUUUUUUCGCUGGUGUAUACGGGCUGAUUCAUUUUCGCAAGAUAUGGAACAGUGGUCAUGGCUUCAAUCGAACCCUACUGCUGAUGAUUGAAGGCAUUUACAAUGUCAUUAGCUUGGUUUUCAGCUGGUUCUCGGUGGGGAACUUUUACAUUGCAUUUUACUUUAUUACCAAGAGCCUGUCAGCUUCUAAUGUAGAUCCAUUCGGUAAUGGCUGGGGAAGCAGGAUAUUCGAUUUUUUCAAAUACGCGUAUGCAUUCCUGUUGUUUGUUAUAUUUAUCUGUUCUAUGGGAAAUCGCCCACAAGGCUCCAAGUUUCUCUUUAUGGCAUGCCUCGUUGGAUUUGCUAUCAUCAUGUGCUACAUGUUAUUCUGCUCAUCAUGGCUGAUUUACAAGGGAAUUCAACUCGCUGCUGAAAAGUACGACUGGACAUAUAACACCACCACCAACUUCCAAAUAGCCAUGAGUGAUCCUGGUUUGAGAAACAUGGUGAUUUCUCUCAGUUCAACCUGGGGAACCAAAGGUGAUAACUCAGUAGCUAAGGACUUAGGCGUGGUCAAAGUAUCCGAGAAAGAAAAAGGCGUCAAGACUGUAGAAAUCGAGCUACCUGCUGAUCAGCAUGAUAUCAAUUGUCAGUAUGAUGAGGCACUGUUUGCGCUUGAUGAAAAGCCCUCCAAAGAUAUGAGCUCAAGCGGAUCAUUAACAAAAGAUGAUUACUAUCGUUCUUUUAGAACACAUCUGGUGUUGGCAUGGAUUGCUUGCAAUGCCCUGCUAGUUGUUUUCAUUACAGCAUCCGACUACGAAUCCAUAUUUAACCCAUCUGUUGGUACAACCUAUAUGUCUAUCAUGCUCUGGGUGAAUUGCGGUCUAGGCAUAUUCAGAUUCCUGGGAUCCAUCAUGUUUCUAUUGCUUGGGAUAUUCACAUCUGGCUAA